AGGUUUCCUCGGAAUGUAGGUGGGGGAAAAUUACGGCGCAGAAGGUUUGCAGUUCUGUGAAGCUUCAGCGUCGACACACUAUGGACACAAAGGCAAAAAUAUAAGUUAAAUUUACGACGCUAUAUUUAAAACAUUGAUUUAACCUGUGUUAAUUUACAUAUUUACAUUAAUUUUAAACGAAUAUUUGCAACAAGGUGAAUAAGAUUACGGUUAAGAAGGUUUUGCGAAGGCGCUAGCUCUUUUUGCUAGCUGAACUAGCGGUUUGCUAGCGGUGCUUUAGCGUUAGCUUCUCCAGUAACCUUGGGAACGUGAGCAGCGUGAAGAUGGUGAGACCUCACUCAGGUUCUCCUCGUUCCAGACAGAGAUCCUUCUCUGAUAGCAGUCACAGUGAGCACCAUGGAGGGCGAUUGGGCCCCUCUUCUCGGGGAUUUCGAGGCCCCUCAGGUAAGGCCCCUCCCAGCUGGAGAGAGGGCAGCAGCAGAGGACAUUCACCUUACCCCAGGGACAAGAGACCUCUGAUGGGAGAACCGAGAGCGAGAUCGCAUGGACACUGGACGCCUCAGAACCAGGAUAACUUCAGACCGUACCCCAUGUCUCAGGAUUCUCAGCGUGGCCGCAGGAGGUCCUCCCCAUCCCGCUCAAAUCGCCCUCCUACUGUCCAACACCGCCAUUCCCCUCAUGGACCAUCAGGCCACCACAGGCCCUUCCAGUCAAACCAUUCCAGCCAUGUUUAUCCUUCUUCCCGAUAUUUCCACAGCCCUCCAUCAGAUCGCAGGGGUCCGUCGCCACAUAACUCUUUCCGAGCCCCGCAACGAUACCAAAACUCUCCCCAUGAGCAGGAGAGGAGCUGGGGUUCUGGAAGGCAACCAAGCCCCAGGGAGAGGACCCUUGGGCGUCCGGCCCACGAAGGGCAUCGUUGGAAUGGCCCAGGGGGUUACCCUCACCCCAACGGGGAGCCCAGACCCUCUGACUUUCCCCAGAGAAAACCCAGAGUGUUCCAUGAGAGGAACCCAUAUCCAGAGAGGUGGUCUACAGAGCGAGAGCCACGGAAGCAGUAUGGAGAUGCCGGCAGAGGGCGAGGGAGAGGGAGAGGAAGGCCUUGGCACCACGCCUCUGAGUGGCCACGUAGGGAAGGUGGUAACCUGUACCCUCGCCCCCCUUACAGAUCUCCUUCAUGGAAAUCUGGUCAACCGUCUUCCUCCAACUCAUCUUCCAGAUUCCCUCCACGCCUGCAGGAGAGGCCUCCCAUGCGCCCUAUGAAGAGGAGGAUACAGGAACUGGGACGGCCACCACUGCAUGAGCUCGAGCACGGACCGCCCAAACGUUUCCGUAAAGAGAUGCCAGGACGACCGAUGCCCCUUAAAGGUUUUGGAGGUCGCGGCUUGUCCCUGAAGGAAAAGUCCCGGCUGUUGAAGGGGCACAAGUUCAGAGCGGAAUCCAUCACACAGUUUAAAAUGCCUCCACCGAGGCCCAGGCCUUCAGACAAGCUGCAGAGGAACAAGAUGCAGGAAGCGGAGCAUGUAGGCAAAUCUUCCAGACUCCCGCUUCGCAAGCUUGCUCUGAAGAAAAGUGUGAAGAGGCAGCCGUCUCGCGAGUCACCUACAGGCACCAACUCCAAAUCUGCCGAUCCUGAAAUGGACUCCGAGACACAGGUGGAAUCCCGGCGCUCUGUACGAGCACGCAGCUCUUCGCCAUUAGACCGACAGCUGGCCCAUGACAUGGUCGUGGUUUCUCAUUGGGAAGCUGGAACUCGAAGCUCAAGUCCUAAGAGCAGCACAUCAUGGAAGAGCAGAAUGUCCCAUCAUAAAACUGGUGGGAAUCUAAAUCACCGCUUUGGAAGUUCAGCACGUGACCAGAAGCAGAGACGGCCAAUGGAUGCUCCAGGAAAACCGCUACGGAAGCCCGGUCCUUUUCAGAAGGGUCCUGAUGGCGUUUUCCGGAGACCACUGAUGGCCACUGUCCUCACGCGUCCUCCGCUCCACCAGAAACCCGUGUUCAGGAAAAGUCAGAGCAUCAUGACCAAGUACAGGAACAUGCAGACGCUCCGCCACAAAGCCCCGCCCCACCCACGCCAGGCUACGAGCUACCGCCGCUGGUGAAACCUAAACUAAAUGCCUGGCUGUGGUGUAGAGCACAAGAGCGUCUGUCAUUCUCCACCUCCCUCCCUCCCUCCCUCCCUCCAGUUAUUAUUCUGUGUGAAUCAUAUCACAGCUUCCAAAGUUUACUUUAAUACUUUUAUUCAUGCUUCAGUUCUCUCUCUCACGCGUGUGCACUGAGUUGUGGUGAUGUACAGAAGAGUGAGUGGUUUUUGGUUUUUUAGGGAGCUGAAGCUGUGAUUUAGUGUGAAGCUGGCAGUAACGAUCUGAAGUUUAAUGAGUUUUUAGUUCACAUCCUUUUGAUCUUUAAAGCUCUUUGUACAGCUCUAAUCGUGUACAUUGUUUAUAGAGAUUUCAAUAAAACUGGAACUUUUGUGUCA